CUCCCUCUCGCCGGAACUUCUCCAGCGGGCGCUCUGUGGAUUCCAGGGGGAAGAUGCUGAGUGCCAUUUGGGUCCACGUCAGCCGGAGCCCCGUCCCCAAGCUGCCAGCCAAGUAGAAAGAGAGGGAGAGAAAGCAAAGAACGAAAGAAGGGGGCAAAGUCCGAGCUGGCCCAGAGAGCGAACCCCCCCCACCCCCACACACAACUUAGCCUGAUGGGCAUCUAACGGGAGCCCCUCUUCUGCCUGCUUCGCGGGGUCCGUUUGGUCUGUGCUCCAGGAGUCAUGGUGUCUGGUCGCAGAGGCCUACAGUGGAGCCUGCUCCAAGCCAGCCUCCUGGUCUUCCUGAUCCUCCUGGCAUCCUCCCAGACGACCAGCAGUGAGAGAGGACGCAAGAAGAUUGUCCAUGUGCUCGAGGAUGAGUCGGGCGCCGUGGUGGUGCAAACGGCACCAGGGAAGGUGGUGACCCACCGCGGGGGCACCAUCGUCCUGCCCUGCCGCUACCACUACGAUGUCUCGGCCCACGACCAGGACGAGAUCCGGCUCAAGUGGACCAAGGUCACCGACCCCGUGGCCUUCGUCGACGUCUUCGUGGCCAUGGGCAAGGAGCGCCGGGCCUUCGGCAGCUACCGGGGCCGGGCCACGCUGCAGGAGGCCGGGCCCGGAGACGCCUCCCUGAUCAUCCGCAACGUCACCCUGCAGGACUAUGGCCGCUAUGAGUGCGAGGUCACCAACGAGCUGGAGGACGACGCUGGCAUGGUCAAGCUCGACCUGGAAGGCGUCAUCUUCCCCUACCACCCCCGGCUGGGCCGCUACACCCUCAACUUCCACGAGGCCCAGCAGGCGUGCGCGGAACAGGACGGGAUCCUGGCGUCCUACGACCAGCUGCACGAGGCCUGGCUGGAGGGUCUGGACUGGUGCAACGCCGGCUGGCUGCAGGACGGCUCCGUGCAGUACCCCAUCUCCCGGCCCCGGGAAGAGUGCGGCCGCAAGGACACGCCCGUGGGAGUCCGCAACUAUGGAUACCGCCACAAGGACGACGAGCACUACGACGCCUUCUGCUUCACCUCCAAUUUAAACGGCAACGUCUUCUUCCUGAAGACUUACCGCAAGCUGAGCUUUGCCGAGGCGACGCGAGCCUGCGAGGGCAGCAGGGCAUCCGUGGCCAAGGUGGGCCAGCUCUACGCAGCCUGGAAGAUCCAGCUGCUGGACAAGUGUGAAGCAGGCUGGCUGGGGGAUGGCAGCGUCCGCUACCCCAUCGUCAAUCCCCGAGCCCGCUGCGGGGGGCUCCAGCCAGGGGUGCGCAACCUGGGCUUCCCUGACAAAAAGUACAAGCUCUUUGGGGUUUAUUGCUACCGGCCGGCUGGAGUGGUGGCCCCCCGGUGGGGCUGGGAGGACCAGGGGUCCUGGCAGCCCUUGCGAGUGUAGCUGGGUGACACCCCUCUUCUGGAGGGGCAGGGUAUUCUGAGCCCCAGGAUCUGCAGAUCAAGCUGUUGCUAUGGGGAUGGGCACCCCCCACUCCCUCACCCUGACCCUGUCCGCCUCCCCCUCUUUCUUCUCGCCUGCCAUAUCUUGCCUCCCCUGAAACCUCAGGCCUCACAGGUUUAAAACACAUCAAGAAAAUCUCCUUCUUCCCCACAAUCCAGCAGGGACCAGAUUCUUAAAGGAACAGUGGACAGCCCUGGGGAGAGACCCAGCACAAGGAAGCUGCUUGUCUCCAAGUACAGCCCCCUACCUUCCCCCCUUCCCCAAGACAGUCCCCCCCCGACAAAAAAAAAGGCAGUCUCUACCUGCUCCCCCUUGACUCAGAGCCAGCCUUUGUGCUAUUUGGAAUGUCAGUUGCACCCAGCACGGCACCUGGUGUAUGCCGGGGCACCAGGAUGCCCGGGUUCUACGAUGGACUUCUUAACUGGUGUAAUUCCCCCUUCCCUCUCCCUAAACCACAAUGCUCCCCCCUCUAGCCAACCAGGAGAAACCUUGUCUCUCAGCUUCCUGCCCCAGGCUGCUGUAGGGAUUUAGGGGUGAGGCCUGGGUAACAUCUAAUCCGGCUGCCCCUUCCCCUAGCUUGGCCCAGAGCCAGGGCAAGGGCUGAAGCCUAGGACAUGGGGUCAGACUGAGAUCACCUUUCCACGUACUUCCCUGGCUCAUCCCUGUCUCCCCUCCGCCCCCUCCCCCCAGUCUCCUCUUGGCCAGGUCUAGAAGUGGCUGACUUGCCCCUCUGAUUAACCCCUGCUCCUCACCUCUACCUGCAGCGCCUUGCCCCUCCCUCCAAUAAAGCUCUGGAUCC